UUUCAUUUUUUUUGUCGCCGUCUCUGUUGCAGAAGCUGGCGGAUCAUGUAGACCAUUGGCCUCUGGCUCUGAGCAGGCCAUAAUAAAUCUCGCCAUGGGCCUGCAGGAGGUAGCUAUUUGGUACCAGAGAAAAAUUGGAACAUAUGACAAGCAACUAUGGGAGCGAACUGUAGAACAAAGAAUCUUGCAUGGGCUCACUCACGUACCCAGGAAGUCUGCAAAGCUCAAGACCGAACUCAUUGAUGUGGAUCUAGUCAGAGGUUCUUCCUUCCCGAAAGCAAAGCCCAAGCAUGGUCUCAUUACUGUUGCUCGCCUUGGUAUCCUACGCCUCUUAUUUUUGCCAGCUUAUUGGCAUUGGUGGGUGCAGCAAACAUCACUAAAAGCAUUUUUAGUCUUGUUGGUCUUAUACUUGUUACAAGCCUUCAAUGUUGGAUUAUAUAUUCACUUCAUCCAACAUCAUCCCGAAGAUGUAGCUGAUAAUGUGUCAGCAUGUGAGGUGCUUGUUCCAACCUUUAUGAUGAUUAUUCUUUCCAUUAUUCAUUCACAAAUUGUUUGUACACACAAUGGACAACCUCCAGAAUUACAUGAUAGGUCAAGGAGACGUAUUAAACGUACAAAGCGUAGAACUCAACUGCCAAGUCGGAUUCGCUCUUUAAAUCCUGAUCUAAAAUCCUCCACUCCAGAAACAGAAAAGCAACCUUCAUUAAAUGAAGUUAGUGGGAAAUUCAACAAGAGAGUUAUUCCGAGGAGGAAAAUAGAUGAUUCCAGCAGAAAAUGCAAACUUUCUGAUGCAGACGCAGAGGGGAACUGUGAGGAUCCUCCCAAAAUAAGAGUAUGCUUUAAAGAGCCAGCUGAUGAUGAAGAUAGUGUUGAGCAGGAACCAGUUAAUAAUCAAGCAGGACGUGAAGGUACCCCUCUAGAUGAUGACGGGUUUGAGAGUUUAAAUGGAAAUGGUUCCAGUGAAAAUGGAGACGAACCAGUGGAUGAAGAUAUAGAACCAGGAAAUUCUCCAAACUUACCUAAAGUCAAGAAAAAUUCAGAUGAAUUCCCUGAAAUAUUUGUAAAAUGCCCCGACAAAUGCCGGUUGAAUAUAGAAAGAAAUCAAGAGGACAAGGUUGAAACUAAUUUUAAUAACACGUGCUGUGAAAAUGUAAUUUGUGAUGAUAAAGUACCUAAUAUAGAUGUGUUUGAAACAUAUAAGGAAAAACCAUCUAAGUUUAGAAUAAUUGAUACAUGUAAGGAGGAAGAAGACAGCCUUGAGAAAAAACCUCUUGGUGCCUCAGAUUUUGAUCUAAGCAAUAAUGAAGGCAAUUCCAGCACUGAGUGGCGAGGCAAAACUCGCAAGGACUCUCGAAGAGAAUCUGAUGGGGGUUGGUCAUGUGAGGAAGUUGAUAAAAUUAUGAACAGAAAUCAUAUCAUACAACGAAGACAAUCAGCACCUCUACCUCGCACUUGCCGUGCUGCUCAAGACACAGACAGUGAUGGAUUGUCCACAAACAAAGAGAGUGAAACACUAUUAGAGAGACGACGAGGCUCUCAAAAUUUGCUACUGAAGUGCCCAAUAGUCACAGCUGAAGAGAGCAGUUACAAUAGUAGCUGCUGUGAUGAAAGUGAGGAAGGAGGGGAUGAAAGAUUAUCAUCCCCAGGAGCCGUUGGGUCAGGCUGUGAUAAUCAAAAUCUUACUGAAGGAGGGACAACUUCAGCAACUGAUUAUAUGGGUGUAACCACAAAUUCUGAAGAAUGCAGUUACAGUUCUGAUAUGGAUGAAUCUGAUUCCCAAGCUGCACCUGUUGAACUAAAUGACCAUCCAUUUGCUUGGGAAUUUGAGCAGUCUCCAACAGUAAUAUUAAGUCCAAGCUGUGCUGCCUCUGACAAAGUAAGUUGUACCAUGUGGGAAUGUCGAGAUGUGAAAAAAGCAGAUUUGUCUGUUCUUGAUAUAAGUUCAGCAAUUAUUGCAAGAGUUGAAGCAAUGCCAGACACCAUGGACUACUUUUAUUUGGGAAUGGUAUUAGCAUUAUUGCUAUCAUUAGUGCCUCCAUUUUGUCGGCUGUUGAUAUCAUCAGCAGUGGAUGUAUCAUUACCUUCAUUACAUCCUGAUUUGAACAACAGUUCAGUACAUCUUUCUAGUUGGAAUAUGUCACAAGUUUUGGAAUACAUUUCAGAAUGUUCUACCAUCAUGAUAAGUGGUGCCUUUGGAUUGUCUUUUUGUGAACGCACUAUCAUGAUAAUUGCACUUUUAGAACGUUUUGCAUUGGCAGAGUUAUUCUUCUUCUUACUUGCUGUUGCUGAAAGGUCAUUUAAGCAACGGUUUCUUUAUGCCAAGCUCUUUUCUCACUUAACAUCUUUUAGACGAGCCAGAAAAUCUGAGCUCCCCCAUUUCCGCCUAAAUAAAGUUCGUAAUAUUAAAACUUGGCUUUCUGUGCGCUCUUAUCUGAGGAAACGUGGUCCGCAGCGCUCAGUUGACAUGUUGGUGUCAGCUGCUUUUAUCAUCACAUUACUCCUCCUUACGUUCCUCAUUGUGGAGCUUCUUAAGGAAUCAGUACGUCUUAAUUCCCAGUAUAACAUGGAAGCACUUUGUUGGUGCCUGUCCCUGGGUUUGUUCCUUCUUCGAUUUAUGACUUUAGGAACUGAUAUCAAUCGGAAGUACUGUAAUUUAUCAGUUCUUAUAACAGAGCAGAUCAAUUUAUACCUUCAAAUUGAGCAGAAACCCAACAAGAAAGAAGAACUGAUGGUUGCCAACAGUGUUUUGAAACUAGCAGCUGAUCUUUUAAAGGAGUUGGAGAGUCCAUUCAAGAUCUCAGGCUUAUCAGCCAACCCCUAUUUGUACAACAUAACAAAUGUUGUGAUAUUAUCAGCCUUAUCAGGAGUCCUCUCUGAAAUUUUGGGUUUCAAGCUGAAGCUACACAAAAUAAAGAUAAAGUAAACUAAUAUGUGAUGAAAGUGUAAGAAUAGUGUUAUUUUAUUUUCUCCUAGUAUGAUUGUAAUACUUCUUACGCCGGAGAUAUUUGAAAAGGAAAGAAACGUGUUUGUCAAGAAUUGUAUGGUGGCUUACCACAGAAUUAUGUCUAUGGUGCUCUGUGGUUCUGUGAUUUUAGUUAGGAUCUUUCCAGACUGUUGCAGAGCUUCCUUUGAUUAUUAUUUUUUACCAUACACAUGGAACUAUGCAAUAAAUCACAUUUCAGUUGAUAAAAAAUUAGGUAUAAGAAACCCAGUUAGUUCUCUGUGAGUGGACAAAUAUAUCAGGGAGUCUUAUUAUCAGUGACUCAAGUUAAGUUUACUGGAAUUUGUCUUCUGAUCCUUUUUUGUUGUCUUUUCUCGUGAAAUAUUUCAAUCAUAGUUGGUUGUUAGGCAGAGCUUCUUAUCUACGCAUAAGGGUUCCAUUAAUUUUUCAUGGUACAAAAUGCAGUACAUGCAAUAUCAGUAGCUAAAGUUGUUCUAAUGAAAUAAGUAUCAAGGUCAAGAUUAUGGGGAAACUCUCUUGCACAUUGGAGCACAAUGAGUAUAUAUUUUAUGACUACCAUGUAGUCUAAUAAGUCAGGAAAAUAUGUUGUUGCUUUUCUUUUUAUGAAAUUACUGUUAAAUUAGUUUUUCUAGUUAACAGUUUAUUUAGUGAAUUCAGUUGUAGCAUCAGCUUUAAAUUUUAAUAAUGUUGUAUAGACCUAUUGAUUUUCUGUUUAUAGAACCUUUAAUUGUUUGUUGUCUGUGUGUUAAGUUGUGUUAUUUUCAAUGUUAUCAUAAGUGACUAUUGUCUCAUGUCAAUAGUGUUGAAGAUAUGAAUGUUUGUAAUUUAUAUGAAAGCAUGAUGUUUGUCUAUUUUUUCCUGCAAAAUGAAUGAAUGAACUACUAGUAACUAUUUCAAUAAUUCUAGGUUUACUAUGAAAUUCUAAAUAAUCUCUGACCACUCACUGUGGUCGAUAUUGCAAGGUAGUCUUAAGUUUAGUGAACGAUCAAUAGAAUUCUUGAUGCUAUCUGACUAGUUCUGCUUUGAAAGCAGAACCAUGGAAUUAUCUGUGCAUUUCUUCAUUAACAAAAAAAUAACUGAAAAUAGCUGCUUUGGCAGCCCUAGAAAUAGCAUCUCACUUGAACCAUAUUGUUAUUAAGAAAUGUUAUUACAAAGUUUUGUAUUAGUUUUCAAAAUGUGAAAUAAAUUCUUCAUUUUCAAAUGAAAAUAA